AUGAACCAAGCUUCGGCAAAUCCGCCGCCUCAUGUGGCUCCCAGGAGUCGAUACAAUACAAGAGACCUUGGUGACGGCACAUCGGAUACUCAGCUUCCUCGCACUCUACUCCUGUAUGUCGAAAACUGGGAUGGACACUCGUUUCCUAAUUUUAAGCUGUCAGAUUUACAGGAAAUAGGCAUCGAUGAUACAAACUUCGCCAGUGAAAAUACAGGCAGAAGAAUUGUUGGCAAUUUUACUGUAGGAGGGCGAGAUGCGGCCCUCUUUCUUGCGGAGUACGACAGUACCAUUGAUUUUGCCAAAGCUUUAGUGGUUGAGAAUCAAAACUUGCGAGGUGGAAUCGAUAGCCUUGGAGCACAAGUUCGAACUUAUGAAAGUAUGCUUUCGAUUACGGAUCGAAUAUUUAGAAAUGAGGUGGGAGAUACACUAGCAAAUGGGACAGGCACGACUGAUAUGGUUACCUUGCUCUCCGAAUCUCACCAGAAAUGGGCCAAGAUUCGUUUCCGCACUUGGUUUCAGGGCAUCCGGGUAGAUCCAUAUUGGCAAUAUCCAACGACUAACGACCCACCAGUGGCUACAACGGCAAUUGAUGCCAACGAACUGGCCCAUGAAGCAGAUCUAAGUGGUGAUUACCUCCUAGCGAGAGGUCACAAGCUGUGGAGUGUAUGGGAUCCUCAAACAAGGAAUCCACUGGAUGCAAACAAGACGAUGCAGAUGUCCGCCGCGGUAUUCGCCUAUUCCUAUGGACUGAGUAUAGAUGAGGCUGGCCUUCUGAUCUACCAAGCACUACAAGAUCUCUCUGGUCCAAACUUGGUUCGCCUGACCGAAGCCUGCCGCAGGGCUAUCCACGUUAUCAAUUCAUACGUAUCUUGGAAGGACAACACGAGGUUUGGUCAGCUUGGUAAUAGCAAUGCGGCAAACGACUGGCAUGCGGCCUGCAGCAACGCUGAGAGUGCUUACCAGAGGUAUCUUGACGCUGUCAUCGAUGUCGUUUGUUCACUGUCCAACAAAGACUUUGGGACAGCCUCAACUCAUGUGACCAGGCUAAGUACAGAGCAAACAGCUCUGGAGACUGCUGUAAAAAGCACUACAUUCUGGACUAAUCUACGUCGAAACGAUAGACGGCUUCUCAGAGGCUUUCCAGUCAUACCCAGAACCGACCGGGGCUCCUCGGUCCCACCCAUUGUGAUGCAGUCCUUCUUCCCCGAUCCAGGACCGAGGGUCGCCCCCCGACGAAGACCGCAGAAUCAGCCAGCCACGAUCAUAAGACUCACUCCACUGGGUCAAACACAUUACGGCUCGGUCCCUGUUAAUAGGCCGCCACGUGCGGUGCAAAGAACGACAGCGCCAACUGGUGGGCAAACAGGCCCAUUGCAGCAAGGCACUCCCGCAGCGUCGCAGUGGACAACAGUUGGAAGAGGUGGGAGAGGCGGAAGAGGCGGAAGAGGUGGCAGGGGUGGUAGAGGUGGCAGAGGUGGAAGAGGUGGAAGAGGUAGAGGUGGAAAUCGUCCCACAGCCAGGAAGGCCAUCGUCUUCACUCCUGACUCUAUCGAGUCUGAAGAUGCGGAUAUAUAUGGUGGCGUUGACAGAGGUUCCGACAAUCUUUGGGAAACCAACCACGCAGGUAUCGAGUCAGAAGAUUGUUUUGGGGAAAGAAGCCCUCCAAGGACACUGAAGCGUAAAGCUGAGGUGGAAGGCGAGGUCCAAGGAGGUGGAGCGCCCGCUGGGAAGCGUAGAGUCAUAUUGGCUCCCAAGGAUCCUCGGAAGUGA